AUGGCAAUAGUUGAGAUCAAAUCGAGCAACCCUCAGAGCUGCACUAGUGAUAGCAGCUGUGUAAUUGAAGUUGGGUAUGAUCUCACAAUGAAUGAAAAGGAGAUACCUAAUUUAAGCUCUGGUCAGAUCUUUCGAGUGCCAAGGCUACCGCCAUACUCCAAAGAUGAUUUAUACAGUCCACAUCUUGUUUCCAUUGGCCCUUUUCAUUAUGGGAAGAAGGAGCUGCAAGGCAUGGAAAAGUCCAAAUCUGAGGCAGUUCGAAGGAUGCAAAAGAGGAUCCAGAGGAGUUUUCCACACGUUUCUAUGAAAUCAAUUGUUGAACAGCACAUACUGUUUAAGGAGAAGAAGAUAAGGAAUUUCUAUGGUGAAUAUAUUCCCCUUACUUCUAUAGAACUAGCAUGGAUGGUCACUAGGGAUGCAUGUUUUGUUUAUGAAUUUAUUGUUAAUUAUGUAAAAGUUAACAGGAAUGCUCAGCAUUCAUUUGAAACCCAAGGAUGUCAAUUUGAGUAUGUUCAAUGUUUUUAUGAAGAGGAAGUGGGUGCAUUCAAGUGGAAGUAUGAUGGAGUGUUUGAUGCCGAUGUUCAAAAUCCCAUGAGAGAAACACUAAUGACUGAUAUACUUUUAUUUGAAAACCAAAUACCUCUUUGGAUUUUGAAAGAUCUCUUUAAAUUCCAGAUGGAUUCUACUGAAGCUGCAAAACAGAAGGUAGAAAACUUAAUGAAUGUGCUGCUUUGGAGAGCGGCUAGACAUGAAGUUUUUAUGUGGAAACCUAGGAUUUCUUACAACAUGUAUUGUAAGAGUCAUGUUCUCGAAGUAGUCUACCGCUCAAUGGUGGGCAGCGAUUUUAGCUCCUUCGCCGAUGGUGAACUGCUAGAUUUGCCACCACCGUCUCAAAAUCAUAGGCAGGUCUACAUUGAUUUAAUGAAAGCCAUUUGUGGACCAUCGGAACUCGUGCGCGGAGGAGUGAAGAUCAAGGCAGUGCUCAUUAAAGAUAGAAAUAGGGCAAUCGGUCAAGAUCCCACAAGAUCGCUCGAAUAUUGUUCAGCCAUUCGAUGGAUAAAGUUUGAUGAGAAAACAUCAACGUUGUAUUUACCACAAUUCAAGGUAACGUUGGAGUUAUGUUCAGUCGUGCGUAGCAUGAUUGCCAUGGAAGUGGGCCUUAGAGGGUACGGUACGAAACCAAUGACUCAGUUUGCAUUGCUUAUUGAUGAGCUGGUAGACAACGAGGAGGAUGUUGCAGUGCUCAGAAACGCAGAGGUGAUGAACAAUUUCAUUGGAGGCAACCAACAACUGGCUAAUCUUUUCAAAUUGGGUAAAGGGAUGCCCCAUGUCAAGGGCUGCAAAGCAAUUGAUGACGUCAGAAUACGGUUGCAUAAGUACACAAGAAGAAAAUACAAGAAACUUUGGAGUGAGUUCGUUAGUGCUUAUUUUUCCAAGCCAUGGCUGGUUGCUGGUUCCAUGGCUGCCGUGCUGCUAAUUGUAAUGACAGUGGCGCAAGUUUUGUGUCUGUUUUUCAGUUGCAACCCCUAUUCCCACUGA